AUGUGCUGCAGGGUGGAGCUCGAAGCCGUUACUACUGGCUGUUACUGGACUGAAGGGUGCGACGACAAGGCCUGCGGGGACGAUGAGGAAAAAUUGGCCCAUGCGUAUAACAUUCGCAUCGAAUGCCUCAACACUGAUAAGCCGAAAAGCGACCUCAAACGCCGCGAUUAUCUCUUUGGUGUCCAAGUUGGCCCUGGAGGCCAGAACUAUUGCUGCAAGAAAAACAGAAAAGCCUUUGACAAAUGCCACUGGAUUGGCUCAGGCGACUGCGUCCAAAAUCAAUGCGCCCGCGAUGAGGUCACCCUCGCCACCAGUCCUUACGGCGAUGUUAGCAGCACGUGCCGCUCAAACCAGGACACCCUGAACAAACCGGUAUGCGAUGCAGAUCUUUGCGAAACAGACUCAGAACUGUGCGAGGAUCCCGACGCCGACGAGCUAGACUACGUGCCCGGGCAAUAUGAUCCUUGCGAGGAUGACGCAGAGACAUGCGACGACUCUGAACAUAAGAGGAGAGAUCUUCAAAAGCGGGCCCCAGGUAUAAAUCUUCCCGGCGCCAGAGUGGGAGUGAAAAAUUUCGCGCAACUCGCCGCAGCGGUGCUAUCACAUAUGAAGAAGAAGGUCGACCACUACACAGGGAAGGCCAAGGGAAUGAUAUGGAACACAGAACAUCACUCCGAGCACAACACAGCUCGCGUGCGGUUGGAGGGUGCCGCUUCGGGUAUACUGCCAUCGGGAGCGAAGGCAUUAGCAGGCAAAGCUGAUCCAUUCGCCUUGUACAAUGCAUUGACAGCCAAAUUCCCUGCCGGCGCCAAGGUUCCGGAUCUCGGCCAAGGGAUCAUCCAAGGAAUCAAAGGGUUUGGCAGCCCCGAUAAGUAUGGGGUUGACUGGAACUCGCCGCAAAACAGUCUUCAGCUUUUCAUGACUGCUUACGGCUCAGUGAUAAAGAAACAGAUGGAGCUGGUGCUGGAUCCAAGCACAGAACCUGCCGCUGCAAAUUACUUGAUGAGUGCUUUAUACAAGUCAUUUGGCGUCGUCAGUUAUCACGGUACAUUCGGCAACGACUGGCAUGGACCGCUGAAAGCAAAGCGCGACUUGUACAUGGUGGCUCAAUUCAUGGCCGAUAAUUACAAAGGGGUAGAAAAUCUUCCCGCAUAUCUCAAGGAAUGGGAUCAGGACUACUACUCCUACGCGAGCCAGAACUCUCAGGCUUUCAUGAGAUUCGCUACGAGUCUGAUUUGGGAGCAGUUGGAGGCUGCACGUGUAGACCCGGAGACGGCCGCGAAGCAUGUCCGGGACCUGAUCACGGCAGUUCAGUGGUACCGGGACCAUACGACGACCUUGCGGUUCCAAAAUUUCCUUUGA